AGCACCCGUAUCCAGUGUCCGCUGUGUCCUCGGGACAUAGUGGAACACCGAUCGUCGUACAGGACCUCUCUGCGAGAUCUCGAUCAUGUGAUCACUGAUUGGCCAAUCAGUGAUCACAUGCAGAGCAGUAAGCAAGAUGUCACUUCUGACAUCAUUGCUUACUACGUGUGAAAUCUGUGAAUGAUCACCGAGGUCAUAUGGUACAGGGCUAUUCACACAACAGCCUUGAACCAUGUGACAAGCUGUGACCAAUCACAGCUCACGUUUAUAAACGGCCACCCUCCCCUGCACUGCUCCUGUCCGGCCGUUUAUAUACAUGGGCCAGACAGGAAGUGGUUAA